AUACUACUGUCAUUUGCGCAGAAAUAAGUAUGUGUAUAAUACUUACUAUUCUAAGUAUAAACAGAUGUCAGUUCUUGUUUAGGAAAACAUUAUGGUGAUCAUUACUCAGUAAGUUGUAAGGAAUUAUUAUAUAGCAUAACUCAUCCUUAGUUUCAGCAUGUGGCACAGGGUGGUAUGGGGAAGGAUGUACCAAGAACUGCCGGAACCGCAACUGUAAGACACAAUCUGCGACGUGUAAUCCUGUGACUGGGAUGUGUCCCGAUGGCUGCGCCAGUGGCUUCGUGGGAGGCGACUGUUUACAAACAUGUAUUUAUGGGCAAACGUAUGGAGACAACUGUGGCAAGUACUGUGCCUCUCGUCACUGCAUCAACGUGUGGGACUCCUGUGCUCUUGACACAGGAGUGUGUUCAGGGUGCCAACAAGGGUGGGCAUUACCAGACUGCACAGCAUGUACUUAUGGGCAAACGUAUGGAGACAACUGUGGCAAGUACUGUACCUCCCGUCACUGCCUCAACGCCCGGGACUCCUGUGCUACUGACACAGGGGCAUGUUCAUGGUGCCAACAAGGGUGGGCAUUACCAGACUGCACAGCAUGCACCUCUGGGUAUUACGGAAGCAGCUGUGACCAACUCUGUGCAGCCCGUCACUGCAAGUCGGACUCCAGUUGUGACGUCAUACAAGGACGGUGUAUGGGUGGAUGUACGGCUGGUUAUCAGGGAACAGACUGUAUUCAAGCCUGUGAUCCUGGGAGUUAUGGAAAAGAAUGCAGCAAGUCCUGUCGCAGCCGACACUGUAAGACACAGUCUGGCACAUGUAAUCACACGAGUGGAGUGUGUUCUGAUGGUUGUGAAAGUGGUUACAAGGGAGAAGACUGUAUGCAAAGCUGUACCAUGGGGAUGUACGGACCUAACUGUGCCCGAGAAUGCAGUUCCCGGCACUGUAAGCCACCCUCCUCUUCAUGUGACAGAGAGACAGGUCUGUGUCCUGAUGGGUGUGAAGAUGGCUGGACAGAGAUAGACUGCACUAGAAACUGUGCUGUUGGCUUUUAUGGAAAUAACUGCUCUCUGAAAUGUUCUGAUAGACAUUGUACUAGUACGUCCUGUCUUAAUGAUGGAGCAUGCAGUGCUGGAUGUGAUAUGGGAUGGACACUGCAGGACUGCACACAAGAGUGCCCGAGAGGAACGUAUGGUAUCAACUGUAAAUCAACCUGUGGCCACUGUGCUGAUAACAACACAUGUCAUCACGUAACUGGAACCUGUCCAGGUGGAUGUCAGGCAGGUUGGCAACUUGACCUGUGUCAGACAGUUUGUGACAAUUGGAAAUUUGGUGUAAACUGUGAGACGGACUGUGGCCACUGUAACGGGACAUGUGAUGCUGUUGACGGAAGAUGUCUCUGGGGAUGUGCUGAGGGAUACAUUGGUUGCCACUGCUCAGUGAAGCUUGGUGACAUCGGCGGCGCAGAAUUACACAUGGAUUCGGCAAUCACUCCUACAACAGCUGGUAUAAUCGGCUUAGCUGCUGGAAUAUGUUUCAUGCUGAUUCUUGUAGUUGGACUCUACUUGGGCCUGGUAAGACAAGGGAGGCUGCAGUGGUUAAGCUCGUCUGAGAAGGAUGCAGUAAAAGUCAAGGAAACUCAAGUGCCAGUGGACAAGGACACAACACAACCAUCAGACAACUACCCAUCUAUAUCCGAGCAGGCAGGUGGUCGCAACAUCUACAACAACGACUAUGCUGCGCUGGAUGUCGAGGCAAAGGCGAAUAGUGAAUAUGACGUGAUUAAGAACCAGGCUUAUGAAAAUCUGUAGAAUGUAUAUUAAAAUAUUAUGUCAUGAUAGAAUUGUUAAAAACAGUUUCAACGCAUGAGGGCGACCCUCCCUCGCUCAUGAAUACGUGUUGAAGCCAUUGGUGUCCUAGUUUUUAGUCACAAUUGAUUGAUGGAAUUUCGAAAAUUAAUUCACAAAUUCAAAAAACUUAUACGCUCUGCAGAACGAUGAAAGAUUUAUAUUUGUAUUGAGUUCAUAUGUCCCAGACAUUUCAGAAGUUUGAGAACAAUAUUGCAUGAAAUGUACUUCGACCUAUUUAAAAAAUACAUAUGUUCCUUGCAUGCCAUAUCAGCAGUCUCAGUCUAUAAGAAGAGGCAUACAGGUAGAAUUAUCCACAUUUUAAGAUGUUUAGUUAGACGAUGCCAUUACUUGGAGAGACUUAUUGUUUGUAAUUCACGUUUGUAUUUUUACAUAAUAUGUUUACAUCAUUAUUGGGAUAUUGAUAUUAUUUUUUUAUAUUGCUGGUGCGAGCUCGUACAGACGAAUUCGUUGAACAAAUUUGUUCGGACAGUACUGGAAAAGAAUCAUUUGUAUUUGGGUUUACAAAAAUAUAUAUUGCUGUUUGGAUUUCCGCACAAAAUAUAAAAUGUGUCCCUCAAGAAUUAAUUGGCACCUUUCAGAGAAAAUCGGGUCUAAACGCAGUGAUAAAACAUAUGUAUUCCAAUGUUCCAGAAAAGGUACUAUAUGUAGCUUACGUAUUUUUUGCUAGUGUGUGUAUUUUAAACCAGAUCUAUAUUUGGCCUAUAUGCAGUUACUAUUUGCCAAUAUCUGUAGUGUUUAUUUUGAAUGUUUGGUAAAAAUUGAGUUUGAACCUAUAACAAUAUCUAAGAAAGGAAAUUUAACAAGUCCAAACUCAACUUGUCUCAAAAUGUUCCUGUAACAAAACAGUCAUUGCUCUACAGUGUGCAGGUAUCAUUUUUUUUUCUGUAUUGCAUUUUCAUGAUGAUAUGAGAAGGUUUUGAACAUGAUUGAUUACAUGUUUUCUCAUUAGUAAAUGAUUGGUAUAUGCACUGUAUCAUUCAGUUAUUUUCCUAACUUGAAUGUAAGUUCUGGCUUGGAAGAAUUGUCAGCUGUGUGCUUGAUUCAUAAAUAUUUCUAUAUAAUCUCUUCAUCUGCAGAGCCGUGUAUUUUAGAUUACAGGUUAUACGUUACAAAAAACCCGCUACCUGUCGUAACUGGGUCAUAUCAGAAGGAUUAGACGUAUAGAAUCCUCUUACACCAAGCAUGAAUUGGUAUUAAGGUCAUGACACUACGAACAGUGUGCAUACAAAAUAUAUAUCACGCCAUAUGUCACGCAAUGCUAGUGUAUUCAAAUAUGAUGUUAAGUGUGCAGCCUGUCCUUGGGAGAAUACACCAAGGGGAUAAAACAAGGACUGCUCGGCUCGUAUUCAGUAUACUGUGUCUGCGUGGGGUAUCUAUGUUAAACUUCGGCAUGGUAUCUCAUUGGGCAAGCACUAUAAAACAGUCAUUUGUCCGUUAGACGCCAUUUCAUCUCACUUUAACUUUGAGACUUGUACUGACUUUAAAGGAAACACGUCGACAUCAAUACACAAACUACACAUCACAACACUAAUCUACAUGUAGGUUAUCUAGCAAACUCAUCUAUUAGGAACGAGAUGAGUUUCUCAAAGUGAAAAGUAAAUGUAUUUCCUGGCUACUAUGCAACUCUGCAUGAACUAAAAUGUUGAAAAAUGUGUCUUUGACAGUGUAACUUUUUCAAAUAAAGGCGGUAAACAUGCUUCUGUGUAUUUUUUAUACAUAUGACAAGAUAGGUAUGGUAUUUUGUGUACUUCCAAAAUUACCACUAGUAAAAAGGGAAUAUUUCUAUCAUAUUUGAUCAUUACUCUCUUUCUGCAUUAAUGUGUACAUACACAUGUACUUUAAUUUGGGGGUAUCGUGUUAUUUCGUGUCAUUUGAUUUGCUGGCCCAUCGAUCACGUGAUUGUGUGGUUUGCUUACAGGCAGGGCAGGAAAACUGCUGUGCGGCAUGGCAACAACACUUACGUUUUUAUGCAAAUUUUGUGACUACCGGUAGGACAGGACAUGUUUACCCUUCUCACCUACAUCAGCUGCAGUCGCUGAUUUUUAGCGAUCCAGUCAUAUACGUUUCACCGCUAUUUUGGAAUCUGUUUUGGCGCAUAAUUGAUAUUCUCUUGGGUUGACAUUUUACAUAUUUUAUAAUGUCAAUAUUCAGUUAACUAAUUUCAACAGAAGAUUUGUACAUGUGAAACAUAUUCGUUGCUCAAGUAUCUUAUUUCUACAUGUAGCCUAUGGAAGAAAGGAGGUAGGAUGUACGGAACAUUACUUGUAAUUAUGUGUCAAAAUAGGCCGAUGGAUCAAGACCAAAGAUCGUGAAAUUGUUAGAACAAUAAGGUAUCCAAAGUCGUACAUACAGGUUCCAGGUUCCAUUUCAUUUCUCAAGAUGUACAUCGGUCUGUGCAGCUUUGACAAAUGGUGAAAAAAUCAUUUUCACAUUAUAUUGUAUUUGCAUACCAUAUACUACCAACCAUUAUUAUAAACCUGUGAACCCACAGAAUUGUAUUUAAUAUAGCUAUAUUAAUAUUGUAAUUGCUUUUUUGUUCCGUUUAAAUAAAAUUGUUUAAUUCUC